AAAAAGAAAAAAAAAUGGCCUGCAGCGGGAAGAUUUAAAAAGUGUUCAAAACCCUCUCUGUAUAAAAUAUGACCUCUGACACAAUGUCUAAUGGGAAGAAAAAACAGAAAAAGAUAUAAAGACCCAAUUUUAUCUGAAAUUGAAGAAAGAGAAAGAAUCAAGCAGUCUGUGCUGCAAGUUUUCAGAGCAAGGUAUUCAGUACCAGGUGGGAGUGGAGCUAUAGUGAUUGGAAAGGAUCAGCCAAGUUAUAUAGACCUUGCAGAGACCCAUUCAGUUCAUGAAGUGGCAGGAGAGAGCUCAUCUAGUAUGACAGAAUCUGAAUCAUCUACUACUUCUGAUAAAAAAACACACAAAAAAAGGAGACGUAGGAAAAGACAAAAACCACAGAGAAAAGAGAAAAAGGUAGAAACGACAGACAGACAUGAUGUUGCAAAGCAUCUGAAGAUAGCAAAUGAUGUUAGUCAUAUAUUAAGACCCACUAUAGAUGCAUCUAAAGUUAGCAGUAUAUGUCAAAACAGAUUGACCAGAAAAAUGGGUCUUUUCAAUGCAGGGAAGAAAUCUUCAACAAUAUCCAGAGAAAUAUAUAUCCCUGAUGCAGUAAAGAAAAAAACACAAGAAGAUUUAAAGAAGAUCUUAAAUCAAAGUGUCAAAGAAGAUGAUAAUCAGUCACAUGAUGAUCAACUUAAUAUUAGUCAUAGUCCUUUGAUAUUACCAAAACCAAGUUACAGAGCUUCAUCUACAGCUAAUAGUAACAAGAAGUCUGAUUUGGGAUACAGAAGUGCUGGUAGUAAUUCUAUCACACCUUCAUCUCCAAAGAUCAAAAUGGCAGUCAGCUCUGCAAGCUGUUUAAGUGCAGCAAGUUCUGAAGAUUUAAGGGAAAUUUUACCAGAGGAACCUCCAAUGGAAGACAUUUCUGAAUUACUUAUCAAGAAUCUAAACUUAAAGCAGUUCUUUCCUGGUAGAAAUUUGUUUGAAGAGACUGUAGAAGAACUGAGGAAGAUAAUGAAACAGAAUUCUUUUAGUUCCACUCCAAUAUCCAAGAAAUUACAUGCCAAACAGGUAGAUUCAGUGAAAAGAUCACUUCUAGACAUUUAUUCUCCAGCAAAGCAACAAGGUAAUGUCAAGGUACCUUCCAGACCAUCAAGUGUCAAAACUACAUCAUCAACUAAUAUGUCACAGUCUCCACAGAUUUCAAAGAUUCAGCCAUGUAUAACAAUGCAUAAUCAUAAAUCAACUAGAUCAUCCACGAACUGUGAUAAAUAUCUUUUCCCUAAAACAACUGGUGUAACAUAUGAAUCUUCAUCUUCUCAAGAGAAAGAAUAUUUAGAUGGAAAAUCUCUGAUUAAUAGGUGUAAUAAUCCUCCAAUUUACAGCAUGGCUAGUAUUAGUUACAAACAUUCAUCAACAGUAACUCAUUCUCCACGUAAAUACCUCAGGAAAGACUCAGUAGAUGCAAAAACUUUGUUGAAAUGCAAUGAUAAGAUGAUAGCAGAAGCUUGUCAUCAGAUGGAACAGUUAGCUUCCAAACCUCAGCCUAUGGAAACAGAUGAUUCAAAUGCUUCAGAUUCAAAUGCUUUGAAUUUGUUAAAGCAAGACGAGGCAAAGAAAAUGAAGAGACAUAUGAGUUAUCAUGGGGAUACACUAAGAGAGAUUCAGAGAGACAUUCUAAGUUUAUUACCUGAUGACAUUGCACAAAACAGUUCCCAAUCAUCAGGUUACCAUGACAGCCAGAACAGUAGAUAUGGACAUGAAGAUCAGACAUCUAGACUAGCUGAUCAGAAUACAAGGAAUACUGCCUACAUGCCACAGUUUCAUACAAGUAACCAUGGAGAUGGCAGUGUUACCGAUUACAAAGAAAACAUUUGUGAGAAUAUGGACAUUUUAGACUAUUUGGAUGGUCCACCUCAGCCUGAGACAAGGGUGAGAAAGCAGACAAAUCCUAAACAGUUGACAUCAACAACAGAUUCUGAUGGAAUACAAAUGUGGGUCCCUUCAAAUGUACAUGUUGUAUUACUGCCAAAGAAACCUACAUUUGAAUCACCAAGUCCUGAGAAAAUGAGACCAAGAUUUAUGCACUAACUAUGAUUUUCUAUCAGAAUAUUUUCACAUUCCUAUAGAUAAUGGAAACUAUAUGUGAAUGAUAUAUGAGCAAUAAUUAUAUAUUUUCUCUUUAUUGAUACCAUUUUCAUAACCCUAUGAAAUCUGCUAAAAAUUGUUUUAUUUGAAACAUGCAAUUUUAAAACAUUGCAUGCAUGUUGUGAUAAGACUCUCUAUAGAGAAUUAAUUUGUGAUUUAGUCAUUUAACUUGGCAAUGUGUUUUAGAGUAAAAAUGCUGUUAAUAUGUUAGUGAAUACAUGUUUAUUCAGUUUGUUAGAUUUAUUUAUCAUAGAAGUAUACCACUGUAUUUUAUUAUCAGUAUUUCUUAUAUUUUAUUUAUUUAAUAUGGUUUAAAA